CAAGAGUCGAGGUUACGCCCCCUUGUUCCCGAACCAUAACACACCUCUGAACCAAAAGGUCACCUUGAGGCCGCGCACGUCCCUCGUCUCUUUGACAUUGUCAUUUUGGAAGAGUUCCUCACACCACACGCAAAAAUGGGUCGCAAAUUCUUCGUGGGUGGAAACUGGAAGAUGAACGGAAACAAGGCGGGCAUCGACGGCAUCAUUGCCUUUUUGAAAGCGGGCCCAAUCGACCCCAAUGUCGAUGUUGUCGUCGGCUGCCCGGCCAUCUACCUGGAUUACGCAAGACAGCAGUGUCCGGACAAUGUCCAGGUCGCUGCCCAGAACGCGUACAAAGUCCCCAGUGGUGCAUUCACAGGUGAAAUUAGCCCAGCUAUGAUUGCCGAUAUUGGUCUCCAGUGGGUCAUUUUGGGUCACUCCGAGCGCAGGGCCAUUUUCGGAGAGUCUGACGAGUUGGUUGCAGACAAGACCAAGCACGCCCUCGACUCUGGCCUGAAGGUCAUCGCUUGCAUUGGUGAAACUCUUGCCGAGCGAGAAGCUAAUCAGACUGAGGCCGUCGUCUUCAGGCAAACUGCGGCUAUUGCUGCUAAAAUCACCGAUUGGACCAACGUUGUUCUCGCUUACGAGCCCGUUUGGGCCAUCGGCACCGGCAAAACCGCCUCUCCCCAGCAGGCCCAGGAAGUUCACGCCAAGCUGCGUGAGUGGCUGAAGGAGAAGGUGUCUCCCGAGGUGUCGGACAGCCUGAGGAUCAUCUACGGCGGCUCAGUCACGGCCGGCAACGCCAAGGAGCUCGGCCAGGAAGCCGACAUUGACGGCUUCCUCGUGGGCGGCGCUUCUCUCAAGCCCGAUUUCAUCCAGAUCAUCAAUGCCAAGCAGUAAUGCAAUUACUGUGUCACUUUUUUCUCCUCUCUCGACGGUGCUUUUCUUUUUUCCUAUUACACGAUUACGAAUUUUUUGCUGUAGUCAAAUAAUUGUUGAACCUGAAAAAUUACGCAGCUGUUGAUAAGUUUUAUUGGAUUUUAUGACGCAGGAUGUAGCGAAUUUCGGCCCAGAGAAGAUGCAUAAUAUUUAUGAAAGACACUGUAUAGCUCGCAAUAAAAUUGCCUAGCUGAA